AUGUCACAAUACAAUCCCCAAGGCUACCAGAACAAUUAUGGUCCUCGUACCACCCACCGAAAAUCCCUCCUCAUCGGCAUCAACUACGAGGGCCAGCAAAGCGCCCUUCGAGGCUGCCGGCAAGAUGUCCGCAACAUGUCCCAAUUCCUCAUCUCCCGCGGCUACCCCACCGAUGAGCGCAGUAUGGUCAUCCUCACCGACGACCGCCAGGGCCCCUUCUACGCCUCAGGCCACAACAUCCUGGCCGCAAUGGACUGGCUCGUCAGUGAGCCAAAUACACAAUGCUUUCUACAUUACUCUGGCCACGGUGGCCAGGUCAGAGAUCCAGAUGGCGACCGAGAAAGUGGAUACGAUGAUACGAUUGUCCCUGUCGACUAUCAGACGAAAGGGCAAUUGGACAGCGAUACCCUACACCGACAUCUUGUGUCGAAGCUUCAUCCCACCAGCAGUCUUUUCGUAGUAUUUGACUGCUGCCACUCAGGCUCCGCCAUCGAACUUCCCUUCGUCUACCGCACAGACUCCGACGGCAACGUCACCCUAGUCGACAGCGUCAAGGAAGGCAUCAGCCUGUUGGCUCACGCCCAAGGUCUCUUACAGGGUGGCUUCUCGGCUAGUAAAAUCAACGACGCGAAAGCUUUGUUCGCCGGUGCACAAUCUUUCUUCUCGGGGCUGAAGCAUAGGGGUGAACAUCAGGAGGAGGGAUUGGGGGAAGAGCAUUUCCAGGAGGAUUGGGCGCAUGAGGGAAGGAGUGUGUUCAUGUUCAGUGGAUGUAGAGACGAUCAGACGAGUGCAGAUGCAAAUAUUGCGGGAAGCCAUGUGGGAGCUAUGAGUUGGGCGUUGUUGGAGACGCUUUACUCGAGGCCGGGCCAGAGUUAUGUCGAGGUUUUGCAAAAUACGAGGCAAUUGUUGCUGGGGAAAUACAAACAGAUACCCCAACUCUCCGUUGGCUCGCAGGUGGAUCUGAAUCAACCGCUGAAGUUUUAA